AAGUAAAGCGGAAGUGUAGAUUCGCUUACAUUUAGCUUUGCUGUUUUACCACGCACUUGCAGUUUUGCGUCGGGAGUUGAAAGAUGUCUGCAAAGACAGAGGGGGACACUUUGUGCGUCUUUAUCAAUGGAAAAAAGGUGACAGAGAACCAUGCAGAUCCUGAAACCAUGCUGGUAUCGUUCCUCAGAGAGAAACUGCGCCUAACUGGCACCAAAUCCAGCUGUGGUGGUGGAGGCUGUGGCGCAUGCACUGUGAUGGUGUCACGCUACCAACCUGCAACCAAAACCAUCAUUCAUUACUCAGCCAACUCCUGUCUGCUGCCUCUCUGUCAGCUCCACGGUGCCGCCGUCACCACGGUGGAGGGCAUCGGCAGCUCCAAGACCAGGAUCCACCCAGUCCAGGAGCGGAUCGCAAAGGCUCACGGCUCCCAGUGUGGCUUUUGCACUCCAGGGAUGGUGAUGUCUGUGUACGCCCUGCUUAGGAACAAACCUCAGCUGACCAUAGAGGACCUCACCCAAGCUCUGGCAGGUAAUCUGUGCCGCUGCACCGGAUAUCGACCCAUCGUGGACGGCUGCAGAACCUUCUGCCAGCAGGAAGCAAACUGCUGCCGAUCCAACGGUGGAACCAACUGUUGCCUCAACGGAGAAACAAAUCCAGACCAACCUGAGGAUGAAAAGCCACAGCUAUUUGACAAGGAGGAGCUGCUUCCUCUGGACCCGACCCAGGAGCUGAUCUUUCCUCCAGAACUGAUUCUGAUGGCACAGACGUCAAAGCCACAGACGCUCAGAUUCUACGGCGAGAGGAUGACCUGGGUGUCCCCUGUCUCGCUGGAGGAACUGGUCCAGAUCAGAACCAGAUACCCGGGGGCUCCUCUGGUUAUGGGAAACACCAACAUAGGUCCAGAUAUAAAAUUCAAAGGCGUUCUACAUCCAAUGAUAAUCUCUCCCAGCAGAGUCCAGGAGCUGUUUGAGGUCUCUCAGACUCCACAAGGUGUUUGGGUCGGAGCGGGCUCCAGUCUGUCCGAGGUCCGAUCUCUGUUGGAGAGACUUGUUCUUCAGUUCCCAGCGGAGAAAACCGAGCUGUUCAGAGCCCUGAUCCAGCAGCUGGGAACACUGGGAAGCCAGCAGAUCCGUAAUGUUGCAUCUCUUGGAGGAAACAUUGCAAGUGCAUCCCCAAACUCAGACCUGAACCCUGUUUUAGCUGCUGGGAACUGCAGAGUCAGCAUCAUCUCCAGUGGAGGAAGACGAGAAGUUCCCCUCAAUCAGGAUUUCUUUGUGGGAUUUGGUAAAACCGCCCUAAAGCCGGAGGAAAUCCUCAUCUCUGUUUUCAUCCCAUUUUCAAGAAAGGGGGAGUUCGUCCAUGCUCUUCGACACGCGCCCAGGAAAGAAGCCUCUUUUGCCACGGUGACGACCGGAAUGAGGGUGUAUUUCUCUGAGGGAUCCAGAGUUGUUCAGGAUGUCAGUUUGUACUUUGGAGGAAUGGGUCCGACCACCGUUAGCGCCGACAAAACCUGCAAAACCAUCGUGGGAAGGCCUUGGGAUGACCAGACCCUUGGUCGGGCCUACGACGUCCUCCUGGAGGAGCUAGUUCUUCCUCCGUCAGCUCCAGGAGGGAAAACGGACUUCCGUCGGUCUCUGACUCUCAGCCUCUUCUUCAAGUUCAACCUGGGUGUCCUACAGAAACUCAGAGAAAUGAAUGUGAUCAGAGACGAGCUUCCUGAAACAUUCCUGCCUUUACCCAGCGAUCUCCAACCCAACCUGCAGGAGUUCCAGCACGUGUCAAAGGACCAAAGCAAUCAGGAUGCGGUUGGACGUCCCAUGAUGCAUCGCUCUGCCAUCAGCCAUGCCACGGGCGAAGCUGUGUACUGCGACGACAUUCCCAAAACAGAUGGGGAGCUCUUUCUCGUACUUGUCACCAGCUCUCGAGCUCACGCUGAGAUCAUAGCGUUGGAUGUGAGCGAAGCCCUGACGCUCCCUGGAGUUGUUGACGUCAUCACAGCCAAAGAUGUUCCUGGGAAGAAAGCGCGCUCCAUGUUUGGUUAUGAGGAGGAGCUGCUGGCUGUGAAGGAGGUGUCGUGCGUCGGACAGAUGGUGUGUGCGGUGCUCGCUGACACAAAGGUGCAUGCCAAACGAGGAGCAGCAGCCGUGAAGAUAACCUACAAGGACCUGCCGGAUCCAGUUUUCACCAUCGAGGACGCCAUCGAGAAGUCGUCUUACUUUGAACCUCAGAGACGGAUUGAAAAAGGAAACGUGACGGAAGCUUUUAAAAGUGUCGACCAGGUUCAUGAAGGAGCGAUUCGGAUUGGAGGCCAGGAGCAUUUCUACAUGGAGACUCAGAGCAUGUUGGUGGUUCCUGUUGGUGAGGAGACGGAGUUCAACGUCUACGUCUCCACUCAGUGGCCCACCUUAAUCCAGGAGGCCAUCGCAGAGACGCUGGACAUACAGUCCAGCAGAGUCACCUGUCACGUCAAACGGCUGGGCGGAGCCUUUGGAGGGAAGGUCAUCAAAACCUCCAUCCUGGCAUCAAUCACGUCUGUGGCUGCGUGGAAGACCAAUCGAGCUGUCCGCUGUGUGCUGGAGAGAGGCGAGGACAUGCUGAUCACUGGGGGACGCCAUCCUGUCCUGGGAAAAUACAAGGUGGGUUUCAUGACUGAUGGGAGGAUCGUGGCUGCAGAUUUCCACUACUACGCCAACGCAGGCUGCUUUGUGGAUGAAUCUGUUCUGAUUUCUGAGAAGAUUCUCCUUCAUUUGGACAAUGCCUACGACAUUCCCAACCUAAGAGGCUUCUCGGUCGCCUGCAGGACCAACUUGCCCUCCAACACAGCCUUCAGGGGCUUUGGCGUUCCACAGGGCGUUUUGGUGGUGGAGAACAUGAUCAAUGACGUAGCCAUGGCUCUGGGACGCCCUGCAGACCAGAUUCGGGAGAUCAACAUGUACACGGGUCCGUCAGUCACACACUACAAGUUUGAGUUCAGUCCAGACAACCUGCAGUGCUGCUGGGAGGAGUGUAAGCUCAAGUCUGAGUACGGCAUCCGCCGUGAAGCUGUGGACCAGUUCAACCAGCAGAACCGCUGGAAGAAGAGAGGGAUUUCCAUCAUUCCCAUUAAAUAUGGCAUCGCCUUUGCGGAAGGAUACCUAAAUCAGGCUGCUGCUCUGGUCCACAUUUAUAAAGAUGGUUCUGUUCUGGUUUCUCAUGGUGGGACAGAGAUGGGUCAAGGAAUUCACACCAAAAUGCAGCAGGUUGCGAGUCGAGAGCUUCACAUCCCAACUACAAAGAUCUACAUCAGUGAAACCAGCACCAACACGGUACCCAACACGUGUCCUUCUGCUGCUUCCUUUGGCACCGAUGCUAACGGCAUGGCAGUCAAGAAUGCCUGUGAGAUUCUAUACCAGCGACUGGAGCCAAUCAGGCUGAAAAACCCUAAGGGAUCAUGGGAGAGUUGGGUGAAAGAAGCGUUUUUUGAGAAAAUCAGUUUAUCAUCCACCGGAUUCUACAGAGGUCAUGACCUUUACAUGGACUGGGACAAGAUGAAGGGCCAGCCGUACUCUUACUUCACUUUUGGAGUGUGUUGCUCUGAGGUGGAACUGGACUGCCUCACAGGAGACUAUCGGACAGUGAGAACGGACAUCGUGGUUGACAUUGGUAGAAGUCUGAAUCCCUCGGUGGACAUUGGCCAGAUUGAAGGGGCCUUCACCCAGGGCUUGGGUCUCUACACUCUGGAGGAGUUGAAGUACUCCCCCACUGGGCUUCUGUACACUCGAGGUCCAUCUCAGUACAAGAUCCCAGCAGUCUGCGACAUGCCGCUCCAGUUCAAUGUCUAUCUCUUGUCAGACUCCAACAACCCCCAUGCCAUCUACUCCUCAAAGGGAAUCGGAGAACCCACCCUCUUCCUGGGAAGCUCCAUUUUCUUUGCCAUAAAAGACGCUGUGGCGGCAGCUCGCUCAGAUUCUGGUCUGAUGGGCCCGUUUACUUUUGACAGUCCGGCGACUCCCGAGAGAGCAUGCCUGGCCUGCUCCUCUCCGUUUAUUCAGAAGAUUCCAGCCAGUCAGCCAGGAUCUUUCACAGCAUGGGCUUUAGAUAUCUGAUAUCAGGCUACUACUAAACCUAAUGUGGACCAUCUAAUAUUAACCAGUUCACUUAUUAGACUGAAACUCUAAAUGUUUAAUUAUUGCACAAGAAACUGUUUUAUUCUCAAGCAUGACACAAACAGUUUAAGAAAAAAAAUUAAAAAUUCUCACAUAUUUCACAACUCUCUUGUUCCUGCUGCACAAUAAUAAAAGCACUAAAUAAUUUUGUUUUA